UUUGACAUUUUUGUCAUGGGCGUAUUGUGUAAAAAUUUGUAUAUUUUGUAAAAUUUUAGUAAAAAAAAAUAAUAAUAUUACCCUUUUGAUAUCCAAUAAAUGUUUUAUUUAUAAACGAACGAAACCUUCUUUUUUUUUUGGAAAAUAAUUUUAUACAUGUUUUAAUUUUUCUUCAAUAUUUUUAUCAAAAAAAAAGAAAGUGCGAGACACCUUUAUUGUUAAUUGUUUUAAGUGCCUUUAUUGUUCAUUCUAAAUAGCUGUAAUGGCUACAUUAUCAUUGCGAAUCAGUUUAGAGGGUGGCCGUGUAACGAAAACCAUCCAAUUUAAUUCACAAACGACAGUUUUUGAUGCAUGCAAAAUAAUACGUGAUAAAUUUGCUGAAGCUGUAUCUGGAGCACCUAACGAAUAUGGAUUAUUUUUAUCUGAUGAAGAGAAUCGUCAAGGUGUUUGGUUAGAAUCUGGUCGUUCAUUAGGAUAUUAUAUGUUGCAUAAUCAAGAUACAUUAGAAUAUCGUCGAAAAUUACGUACAUUACGUGUUCGUAUGUUAGAUGGUGCUGUUAAAACGAUAUUAGUUGAUGAUUCACAACCAGUUAAUCAAUUAAUGGUUGUUAUUUGUACAAAAAUUGGUAUUACAAAUCAUGAAGAAUAUGGUUUGGUACGUGAAGAAGUUGAACAACAAAAUGAAAAUUUACCCGAUAAUAAAUUUGGUACAUUAACAUUACGUAAAAAAAUUGCUGAAAAAGAUCGUGAUGCAAAAAUGGAAAGUUUACGAAAAAAAUUAAAAACUGAUGAUGAAAUCAAUUGGGUUGAUAUUGGUAAAACAUUACGAGAACAAGGAAUUGAUGAAUCAGAAACAGUUUUAUUACGUCGUAAAUUUUUCUUUUCGGAUCAGAAUAUUGAUUCUCGUGAUCCAGUGCAAUUGAAUUUAUUAUAUGUACAGGCACGUGAUGCUAUUUUAGAUGGUACACAUCCAGUAACACAAGAUAAAGCUUGUGAAUUUGCUGGAAUUCAAGUGCACAUUCAAUUUGGACCCCAUAAUGAAGCUAAACACAAGCCAGGAUUUUUAGAUCUUAAAGAUUUUCUACCUCAAUCCUAUGUUCGUGUUAAAAAUAUUGAAAAGAAAAUUUUUGGUGAACAUAGAAAACAUGUUGAAUUAUCUGAAAUUGAUGCAAAAGUUUUAUAUACAAAAACAGCUAGAGAAUUACCAACAUAUGGUGUAACAUUUUUCUUAGUUAAAGAAAAAAUGACUGGUAAAAAUAAAUUAGUUCCACGUCUUUUGGGUGUUACUAAAGAUUCUGUUUUACGUUUGGAUGAGAAAACAAAAGAAAUAUUAAAAACCUGGCCAUUAACAACAGUUAGAAGAUGGGGUGCAUCACCAAAUACAUUUACAUUAGAUUUUGGUGAUUAUGCAGAUGCAUAUUAUUCAGUUCAAACAACUGAAGCUGAACAUAUUGUUCAAUUAAUUGCUGGCUAUAUUGAUAUAAUAUUAAAGAAAAAGAAAGCAAAAGAUCAUUUUGGUAUUGAAGGUGAUGAAGGUUCAACAAUGGUUGAAGAAUCAGUAGCACCAUCAAGAGCAACUUUCUUUCAACAUGAAACUAGUAAAAUUGGUAAAAUUAAUACUGAAUCUGUAGCUCAUCCUGGAAUUAUGAGAGCUUAUGAUGGCGAAAAACCAUUUACACAAAAUGAAAUGCAAUCAGUACAAUAUGGCGCUAUUGUUGGCACAGUUAAUGUAGCCCAUCAACCGCCAACGACUCAAGAAAUUCGUAUAAGCGAAGUUCAUUUAAGUGAACCACAACGUGCCUUAUUAGGUUAUAUAUCAGCUGGACAGGAAGCUAUUCAAAGAGCUGAAAGAGAACUUGAAUCUAAGAUUGAAUUUCUUGAAUUGGGUUCAGAUCCUCAUUCGAUUGAAUGGCGUGAAACAACAUUGGAAACAUCUAAACAAGCCGUUACAACUCAUGUGGCUACAAUGAAUGCAGCAACUGCACAAAUUGUUACAGCUGUAACUCCAGAUGAAGUUGAUACAGAAGCAAUUGGAUCAGCUGUAACGCAAAUUACACAAACCAUACCUGAAGUAACUAAAGAAGUGAAAUUAAUAGCAUCUUUAAUGGACGAUGAUAAUAGCGGUGAAAAACUUUUAGACGCUACACGAAGACUUUGUAAUGCAUUUAGUGAUUUGUUAAGAGCAGCUGAACCAGAAGGAAAAGAUCAACGUCAGAACUUAAUAAAUGCUGCAAGUCGUGUUGGUGAAGCAACAACAAUGGUAUUGAGCACAAUUGGGGAGGAGACGCCUGAAAGUCGUGAUAUGUAUGAUAUGCUUUUAGCUUUAGCAAAAGCCGUCGCAAAUGCAACUGCUGCAUUAGUUUUAAGAGCCAAAUCUAUUGCAGCCAAUUCAACAGAUGAAGAAAGUAGAGAUCGUGUAAUUGGUGCAGCGGGUCAAUGUGCUUUAGCUACAAGUCAAUUAGUUGCUUGUACGAAGGUGGUUGCUCCAACAAUACAAAAUCCUGCUUGCAAAGAACAGUUAGAGGAAGCAGCUAGAGAAGUAGCUAAUACUGUUCAUCGUUUAGUUGAUGUCUGCAAUGAAGCAACCGUAGAUGAACGUUUAAAAGGGGAUUUGGUCGCUGCUGCUCGAGAUGUAUCUGAAAAAUUGAAAGAUCUUCUAAGUCACAUUAAAAAACCGAACGCUACUGAAACAUCAAAUGUAUUUUCCGAAGAAGUCGAAAGUGUAAUUGUGGGUACAGAAAUCUUGGCCUCUUCAACUGAUCCUCAAGAAAUGGUACGCCAUGCGAAAUCAUUAGGUCAAGCCACUGCUCAUCUUAUACAAAGUAUUAAAGGAGAAGCCGAAUCACAAGAUGAUUCUGAUUUGCAACGUCGUUUAUUAGCUGCAGCAAAGCAGUUGGCAGAUGCUACCGCAAAAAUGGUUGAAGCAGCUAGAUUAUGUGGCAGCAGCCCACAUGAAACAAAACAUCAAGAAGCUUUGAGAAGAGCUGCAGAGGAAUUGCGAGAGGUAACGACAACUGCUGUGAAUACACCAGCCCUCAAAAUAAAAUUAAUUAAUCGACUAGAAAAUUGUGCCAAGCAAGCAGCUUCAGCUGCCACACAGUGUAUUUCCGCCGCUCAGAAUGCUGCCCAACACAGUGAAGAUCAUCAAACUAAAGAAACAUUAUUACAAGAUUGUAGAAAUGCUGCCGAUUCUAUACCAAGGCUGGUUACAGGAGUCAAGUCUACUCUAAUGAGACCUGAAGAUGGAAACGCUCAUUUGAAUUUGAUCGAAGCUGCGGAAAUGUUUAUCGAACCAGCGAGUCAAAUGGCAUCUUCUGCCCGCGCGUUGCAACCAACUGUGCAAGACAUACCAGCUGCUCAGCAGCUAUCAAAAUCUGCUCUGCAUCUAAGUCACACUAUUCACGAAUUAAAUUUAUCAGCACAACGAGCACGAGAGGUUUGUGGUGGACAGGAAUUAGAAUCCGCCCUAGAAGCUAUAAAGAAUUUAAGAACUGUUCUCAAUGAUACACGUGAAGCAGCAAUUGAAGGAACAUUAAGACCUUUGCCUGGUGAAACGGUCGAAAAUACUGCACAGCAGCUAAGUAAGUCAGCAAAAAAUGUUGGUAUAGCUUUGAGUCAGUUAAUAUCAGCAGUUUCUCAAGGCCAAAGAAUGUACGCAGGCGUAGCUGGAAGAGACACUGCUUUAGCCCUUGGUGAUUUCACCAGAAGUGUUCAUGGGGUUGCUGCUACUACUAAGAAUCCCGUUAUAAUAGAUGCUGCAGAUGAAGUUAUUGUUAAUUCUGUACACUUACUUGAAGAAGCACAAAGAAAUUUGCAAAACAUUGGAAAUAUCGAAAAUUUAAGUCGAUCGGCUAGAGAUGUAUCUGCAGCACUUAAUAAAACGGUUGAUUGUAUACCUGGUCAACGUGAAGUAGAUGACGCUUUAAGAAAUGUUAGUGAAUUGAGUGAAAUUUUAUCUAUGGGAGAAUAUCCAGAAUCAAAUAAAAGUUACAAUCAUUUGCAAAACGAGCUUAAAUUAGCUGCCGAGAACCUUAAUACUUCUGGACGAGAAAUAGUUCAAGGAUAUGCAAGUCCUCAGUGGUUAGCAACUUCUAGUCAAGCUUUCAGUAUAGCUUAUAAAGACAUGUUAUCAGUUUCUAUGGAAAUGGCCGGGCAAGCUAAAGAUGAAACAUCAAGAACUACAAUGCUUGAAUGCUUACGAAAUGUUUCGACACAAUCGUGUAGUUUACUAUCAACUGCUAAGUCAAUUGCUGCUGAUCCAGGGCAACCCAAUUCCAAAAAUUUAUUGAAUGCUGCUUCUAGAAGUGUAACAGACAGCAUUAAUAAACUAGUUGAUUGUAGCGUAUCAUCAGCUCCAGGUCAAAAAGAAUGCGAUAACGCAAUACGCAGUAUAGAAUCACUUCGGGUUAUGUUGGAUUACCCUCAUGAACCUGUCAAUGAACUAGGAUAUUUUGACUGUGUUGAAAACGCAAAUGAGAAAUCUAGGAAUUUGGGUUACGCUAUUUCCGAAAUGAUAAAUAAUGCAAAACAAUCACAACAUGUCGAAUUUGGACAUUCAGUAAAUUCUGUAUCAGACUCUAUACAUGGACUUAUAGAAUCUGCAGCUCAAGCUGCAUAUUUGAUUGGAGUUUCACAUCCAAGUAGUGUUUCUGGUAGACCAGGUAUUAUUGAUCAAGCACAAUUAACUAGAGCUUACCAAGGCACACGACAACAUUGUGAUAUUGUCAGUAGUCCACAAUCCACAAAACAACAAAAAAUCGCAGCCUUAACUGUUAUUGCCAAACACACCUCAUACUUGUGUACUAUCUGCAGGCAAGCAAGUAUGAAUACAACAAAUCCGGUAGCGAAAAACGAAUUUAUUGUUGGAGCCAAACAUGUAGCUAAUGCAACAUCUGAUUUAGUCCAAGAAGUAAAAAGUUUGGAAGAUGAUUAUUCCGUACCAUCGAGAUCAAAAUUCGUUGAGCCUUUACUUGAUGCUGUUAAGGCAGUAAGGCAAUACGCAUCUAGUCCGGAAUUCAUUUCUAUACCUGCAAAAAUAUCGGCUGAAGGACGUAAAGCCCAAGAACCGGUGCUGUCAGCGGGAAGGGGAGUGCUUGAUGGAGUUGUGGAAAUGGUUAAAGCUGCAAAAUCUUUGGCAGUUUCACCUAAUGAUCCACCAGUAUGGCAACAAUUAGCAAUGCAUAGCAAGCCGGUGUCAGAAAGUGUAAAACGGUUAGUGGACAAUAUUAAGGAUAAAGCUCCAGGUCAAGCACAAUGUGACCAAGUGUUACAAACUUUGGCAACUUGUACUCGGGAGUUGGACACAACUGCUUUAGCUGCAAGUUCUCAAGGUUUGGCACAGCGCAAAGAUAACAAUUUACAAGGUUUUAUUGGUCAAACAUUAAACGCUGCCGCUGAAUUGCUUGAUAAAUUAGAACCUAUAAGAAUCGCUGGAAAACAUAACGCAGAACAGUUGGGUCACGCUGUUGGUGAAAUCUCUCGUUAUGUAGUACCAAUGACAAAUGGGGCGAUUGGUGCUUGCACUCAUAUUGUUCACACUAACCAACAAAUAACGUUGAUCAAUCAAACGAAAUCUGUUGUGGAAAGCGCUAUUGAAUUGGUGCAGUCUGCUAAAGAAUCAGCUGGAAAUCCAAAAGCUGUUAAAGCACAUCCAAUGUUGGAUGAUUCUAUUCAAAAUACAAGGGAAGCUAUACAAGAAUUAAAUCAAACAGCUGAAAAGUUGUCAACGGAAAGUGGUGUAGUUACUGGUUUAAUGGAACAAAUAUCAAGAAUAGUUUCAAGAUUAACUGAUAAACGUCAAUCACUUUUAAGUGCAAAUGCAACUGACAGUUUUGUAGAUUAUCAGACCCGUAUGGUACAAACCGCUAAAGAAAUUGCACGCGUAGCUAAUGAAAUGAAUGCUAAAGCACCCUAUAAUCCUCAACAGUUGCCACAAUUAGCUGUAGAUAUGACACAACACUACACUCGCAUAACCGAAGAUUCAGUGGGAGCUGCAAUGACCACGACUUCCCCAGACGUAGGAAUGCGCAUUCGACAAUGUGUUAUUGAUUUAGGAAGAUCUGUUAUGAAUAUAAUUCAAUCAACAGCUGGUGUUCGACCUGAUGAUGCAACCAGUCAAGCUGAUGUGGCUAGAAACGCAAGAGAUGUAUCAGAAAAAGUUGCACAAGUUCUUGUUGCAUUACAAGCUGGCUCAAAAGGAACCCAAGCUUGCAUAAAUGCAGCGAAUACUGUAGCGGGAAUAAUUGGAGAUUUAGACACUACAAUCAUGUUUGCUUCAGCUGGUACUUUACAUUCAGAUGAUAAAGGAACUUUUGCUGAUCAUAGGGAAAAUAUAUUAAAAACAGCAAAAGCUUUAGUUGAAGAUACAAAAGUUUUAGUGGCUGGCGCAGCAGGCACACAAGACCAAUUGGCCAGUGCUGCACAAAAUGCUGUUACUACAAUAUUACAACUUUCGGAUGCUGUAAAACGUGGAGCUUGUAGUUUGGGCUCUGAACAACCUGAUUCACAAGUAAUGGUUAUUAAUGCUGUUAAAGAUGUUGCAUCUGCAUUAAGGGAAUUGAUUCAUGCAACUAAAACUGCUUCUGGUAAACCUAUAAAUGAUCCAGCUAUGCAAGAUCUAAAAGAAAGUGCUAGGGUUAUGGUCCUAAAUGUUUCAUCAUUAUUAAAAACUGUUAAAGCGGUUGAAGAUGAACAUACAAGAGGAACACGAGCUAUGGAAGCAACCGUUGAAGCAAUUUCACAAGAAAUAAGAACAAUGAAUUCACCACCGCCAUCAAACUUAACACCAGCCACACCAGAAGAUUUGAUUCGCGUUUCAAAAAAUGUUACAACAGCCACAGCCAAAGCAGUUGCUGCUGGUACAUCAAAUUUACAAGCUGAUAUUGUAGCAGCAGCAAAUAUUGGACGUCGUGCUAUUUCUGAAAUGCUACUUGUUUGUAGACAAGUUGCCUGGACAUGUGCUGAAACAGAGGAAUUAAGGCAACGUACCCUUGAAGCAGGCGCUGCAGUUGGUGAAUCCUAUCAUUAUUUAUUAGUUGGAAUACUGAAAAAUUGUUCAGCUGAUGAUAGAAUGCAUUAUUCACGUCGUGUUGCGAAAUGUGUUACUGAUUUAUGUGCAAUGGCUAAAUUAUUAAAAGGUUCCGAUUGGAUUGAUCCGGAAGAUCCAACAGUAAUUGCUGAAAAUGAGUUAUUGGGUGCUGCAGCAUCAAUAGAUGCAGCUGCUAAGAAGUUAGCUAGUUUAAGGCCAAGAAGACAACCUGAUGUUAAGAUGCCUGAUGAAAAUAUGAAUUUUGAUGAAAUGAUUCUUGAAGCUGCUAAAAGUAUAAUGGCGGCUUCUGCAGCAUUAGUUAGAGCAGCAAAUGCAGCACAACGUGAAUUAAUAGAUCAAGGAAAAGUAGCUCGCCGUCCUUUACAUUCUUCAGAUGAUGGACAAUGGUCAGAAGGUUUAAUAUCGGCAGCAAGAUUAGUUGCUGCAGCCACACAUAGUCUCGUUGAAGCCGCUCAAAAUUUAGUACGCGGUGUUGGAACCGAAGAAAAAUUGAUUUCAACAGCAAAACAAGUUGCUGCAUCAACAGCACAAUUAUUAAUUGCAUGCAAAGUUAAAUCAAAUCCAAAUUCAGAAACUGGUCGUCGUUUACAGUCAGCUGGUAAUUCUGUUAUUAAGGCAACGGAUAAUUUAGUAAAUGCAGCCCAACAAGCAUUAGAUGCCGAAGAUGAGCAUGUCUUAAAAAUAAAUACAAGUAUGGUUGAUCGUAUGCGACAAGAAAUUGAUGCACGCUCUGAAGUCUACAAAAUGGAGAAAAAAUUAGCAGAAGCUAGAGAUAAAUUAGUUCAAAUACGUCAUGCUACUGCAAGACAAAAUAAUCCUAGCGGUUUUGGCACUUUCAAUGAGUCAACUGAUAGUACCGAUGAAUAUCAUCAAUAUCAUGGUAGCGGAGGUUACUCUUCACCAACCCAUUAUCAAACCAAUUCAUUAAAUCGAUCUGGUUUUAAUGUUUCACCGUCACUGGGCUAUCAACAACAACAACAACAACAACAACAACAACAUCAGUACUACCAAACAUUACCUACUAACUAUCAGCAACAACAGCAUAACUAUCCUUACCAUCACGAAACAUCCUCUAACCAAAUAUAUCAAUCCUCAUUUCAAAAAACUUCAACACCCCCUCCCCCAAUUCCUCCACCACCACAACAUUUCCAUCAUCCAGAUUUAAUAAAUGAUAAUUUACCUCCUCCACCACCUCCACCGCCUUUAUCUACAGCAUAUAACCAAAGAGAGCAAAUAUCUUCAUUAAAUACAACAACAUUUAGACCAAAUCCCACAUUAACUGCAAACGCUAUACCACGACCAUAUCCUGGUAGUCCAAAUGUUGUUCUAACCCCAACAAGUCCUUUUGGUGUAGGAAUAAAUAACCAAACGUUAUUAACGACAACAACAACUAAUUAUGGAAAUAUCACACCAACUGGUAAUAAUACUACUGUUAAUACAACUGUAACUACUACUAGUGCUAAUGGUGGUGUGUCACCAUUAAGUCCAUUAUCAAAAAUAACUAAUCAAAAUAAUUUUGAAACUUCACAUACAUCGUCUUCGACAAUCAAUAAAAUUCAAAAAUCAUCAACUGAUGAACAACAAUCAAAAUUAAACGAUCAACAAAAACAUCAACAAUAUGAAACAUUUGAACAAAAAAUGUUAAAACAACAACAACAACAACAACAAAAAUCUGAUUCUUCAACAUCAACAAAAACAACAAAGAUAUCAAAAAAUAUUGAAGCAACAGUGAAAGAUUUACAUGAUAAAACAUUCGGACAAGGUGGUGUUAUACAAAUAACUGGUGGAUUCAAACCUUCAGGCACAGGACCACAAAAUUAUGAGGGCUACACAUCUAGUCAAGAUGCCCCAGAAGUCACUAAUGAAGUAUAUGAAACCCGGUCUUAUGAAUCAUCUAGUGAAAUAAAACCAUUAGAAUCGAAUUUUUCACAAUUAACAAUACGCACAGAUAACAAUGGCCGUUUAAAUUUAGAAGAAGAAGGUUCACAACGUCUUUCAUCGAUGACACAACGAGUAUUAGAACGAAAAAUUUUAACAACAACUACAGAAUCCCGAACGGAAACAAAAAGUCAAAAACAUAGUUUCCGUUUAGAAAAGCCAACAUAAUAAAUUUUAAUAUUAAUAAAAAUAAACAUAUAUAAUAUUUUAAUUAAAAUAAUUAACAUUUAACAAGGAGAAAAAAUUAAAUACUUUUUUUUUAUGUACAUAUACUGAUAUUUUUAUUAAAAAAUUAAUUAAUGAUAAUAAAAAAAAAAUUAAAAAUUAAUAAAAUUGUAAUUGUAUUUUGACAUAUUUUUCUUUCAGAUUGAUUAUUUUCAUGUGUAAAAUAUUUGCAUUGUAUUUAAAAAAAAAUAUAUAUAUAUAACAAAAUUAUUAAUAAAAUGUGUAUAUUGUAUUAGAAAAAUAUGGCAAAAUUAAAAAAAAAAAUUAACUAAAAAUAAAAAAAAAUAGAUAAUUAAUCAGAUCUAUGUUGCAGUUACUAAAUAAUAUUAAAUUUUUCCUGAACAAAUUUAGCAUUUAAAAGUUGAUUUUACACAACUUAUACUUAGAAAAUAGAACAAGUUUUAUAACAUUCUGUUACAAGUUAUACCUAAAAAUAAUAUUUGACAAUUUUAGUAUCGAAUAUUAGAGUCCAAUUAAGCAUUUGAAAUUGUACAUAAGUCAUUUGAACUCUAAAAUCUAUAUACCUUUUAAAAUUAAACAAGGACUUACUACAGUACAAUAUCAAAUAUAAACAUUUAUAUUUUAAAUAUUUUUUUGUAUAAUUAUGCAAUUUAGUUUUAUAUCUUGUAACAAAACUGCGGUAAUAUUUAUCUUUUUAUGACUUAAAAAAACUAUUGACUAUAUUUAAAUUCAAAAAUAUAAGAUCUAAUUAAUACACUGAUUAAACAUAGAGCUGAAUAAUAUCUUUCGAAAUUGCUGCCAAUAUUUAAGAAACAAAUAAAUAAAAGCCUUAAAAAUAAAAAUAAAAAAUACAUUCUAGUUAAGUACAUUGUAGAAUUUAAUAUAGAUGUUUUAAAAUAAUAUGCUUAUAAAAAAAUACAUAGAUAAAUAUGUAUAAUUUAUGUAUAUAUAUAUACAUAAUAAAAUUAUUUUCCGAACUAAAAUAAACACAUUUUAUGACGCACAGAGAAUGUAAUAAAAUUUUAAGAGAAACUAAUAUUAUAAAUUAUAAUUUUAAUAAAAAAUCAUUUUGCCAUAAACCAAUAAAAGGGUUUUUUUUAUUCGUAAAUAUUAAAAAUAUAUGUAAUAUAUAAAUAUAUUUAAAUAUGUAUUAUAUAUCAUAUAUAAUUAAUUAUAAUAUGUAAAGUAUGCAUAAAAAUAAUAUUAUACUUGUGCCAGAAUAUUAAUUUUUAUUUUAAAAAUGUGUGAACUAAAUAUUACUAUUAUUAAAUUUAGAAUAUGAAAAAAACAAAUUAAGUAAAUUUUAAUAAGUUGUUAACGUUUGACUUUUUUCCCAUUUACAAAUAAAUAAUAAUUAAAAAGGAUU